AUGUCUCUGGGAAAACCUGCCCCACUAAACAAGAGGAAAAAGCUCUCCAGGAUCAUAACUGACUUAUCGCAUAUUCCUCAGGAUGAGUAUGAUUCAGAGCCGGAGGCGUCUGAGUUCGACCUGGGAACAAAGAUCAGGACUCCCAAAGACAUCAUGCUGGAGGAGCUUUCCCUGAUGAAGAACAAAGGCUCAAAGAUGUUCAGGAGGAGGCAGAAGAGAGUGGAGAGGUUCAUCUACGAGAACAACCCCGACAUCUUCUGCAGUGAGUCUAUGGACAACCUCCAGAAGUUUGUUCCCUCUCUGGGAGGUCAGAUUGGAGGUGACAUGAUAAACGUCGGAGGAUGUUUUGUCAGCAAACAGGUUGGACUGCAGACUUUUGGAGGGAUGCAUGGUAGAGGAGGAGGGGCCCCUGUGCCGCCUCCGAAGCCUGGAAGCAAAGGUGCACGAGCAGGAGGUGCAGGAGGACUGGGUGGGGGCGACCAUGGAAACGGGGGACAAGGAGAAGGAGCGAGUGAGUGGUCCCCACUGAAAGGUGGAAGCAAUGAUGCAUCAUCUAAGAAGCUGCUUCUUAUGAAGACGUACAAGUCGCCAUGGGAGAAGGCCAUGAAGGGGGAUGAAAUCCUGAUCGCCACUAUGAAAACAGGAAUGCCUGGUCCUAUUGAAAAAACCGAUGCGCAAAAGUACAAAUGCUUCAACAGGUCCGCCAUGCCCUACGGCGGCUUCGACAAGGCCAACCAGUUCAUGAAAUUCCAGCUGCCAGAACGUGAUGCCAAACAGGAGGCGGAGGCCGCAGUGGUGUACCAGCACGACAUCGACUGCCGGCCUUCCUUCAACCGCACUCCCAUUGGCUGGGUGGGCAACGGAGAGAACGGCACCAUUGACAUGGAGACAGAUGCCGUGGUCUUCGACGGAGAGACCGACGAGCUGUGA